CCCUUUUUUCCGCAUCAGGGCGUCACGUUUUCGUGAGCUGGAGAGAGAGAGAGAGAGCACUGUGAAUCUCCCCACCCACUCUGCUGUUUUUGGCGCUACAUUGAACGUCUUGCCUUCUCCUCUUCUGCUCAUCUUCUUGAGGCCUUUUCAGUUCGGUUUCCAUCUCUGUUCGGUCCCAUGUUUCUCGGCUGCAGGCCACUGUAAAAAGAUCGGUUGAUUCACCAUGGGCCGUGCAAUGAGAUGGUUCAAGAAAGUUCUCACCGGUAAGAAGGAAGGAGGAGACAAGGAUCGGAAGGAGCACAGCGCCGCCGCAGGCGCCAAUGGUGGCAUCGCGCCGCCGAUGGAGAGGAGGAGGUGGAGCUUCGCGAAGCCGAGGAGCAGCGUGGCCGAUGGCAGCCGCCGGCCCUCGGUCACCGCCGUCGUCGCCGGCGAGCUCUUGCAGGUCCGGCCAUGCAACUGCGGCCAGCAACGGGAGGUCGAGGCGGCCGUCAUGAUCCAGAAGGCCUUCAGAGGAUACCUGGCUAGGAGAGCCCUGCGCGCUCUCAAAUCACUCGUGAAGCUCCAAGCUCUGGUACGUGGCUACCUUGUGAGGAAGCAAGCAGUGACGACUCUACAGAGGCUGCAAGCUCUCAUGAGGCUCCAAGCCUCCUCGCGCGCCAUCAAGACUGCCUCGUCUCGGAAAUCCGUCGAACAGGAGCGGAUCGUUGUGCAAGUGCAAGGAGCGCGGGUAAAGACGUUGACGCUGCCGGUGGUGCACCGCCGGCGGGUGUCCGACGGCGGUGACGUCAACUUCGACCGCAGCCCGAGGAUCGUGGAGAUGGACACGUGCCAGCUCCGGUGCAUGUCUUCCCGGAUCACGAGCCGCUACGCCACCGACCAGCCGGCGGACGGGACGCCGGGGUCGGUGCCGCUGUCCUCGCCGCUGCUCUACUACUACAACAACAAGCCGCCGUCGCGCCUCCUCCAGGAGCAGGAGCCACCGCAUCCGAAGACGACGCACAACACGCCCCGCCUCGGCGCGCUCCCGGUGUACCAGGGCUCGCCGUCGCCGGCAAAGGGGCGCGCCGUGAGCCCGCGGUACAUGGCGGACACGGCGUCGUCCGUGGCGCGGGCGCGGUGCCAGAGCGCGCCGAGGCAGCGGCACGGCGCCGCCGCGGCCGCCGAGCCAAGGCCUGGCCUGGCUCGUCCCGGGUCGAGGAGGUCGCGGGCCGACAGCGUCAUCAGCCUGAAGAGCUCGGAGAUGAGCCGCCUCGAGGACUCUGAGUUCAGCGACGAUGUCACCAGAGAUUAUUACCUCGAUCAGCUCUGGUGAUUACUGACAACCAGAGUCCAAAUGCUAAUCUAGGAGAGUGUUUUAACGUUAAUUCGGUAUAUAUUAGUGUUAGGAUUGAGAUGGCAAAUCGUCGCAAAGUACCAUUAUAUGUAGCUCGAGUAUGGCAAAAGAGCAGGAAAAAUAAAAUCUGUUCUACCACUAACCACAUUCUCUGUCUCUCUUUUCUGAUUCCUGGCAUGAAAUUGGACAAUGUAAUUUGGGUUUCUCAGCAGUCCAAAAAAACACUUUUUUCUCUUAGAAAAUGGACGCUGCGAAUUCCUGCCAAAGGUAAGAAAGAGGACAA